AUGCGCUCCUUUAAUAUUGUCUCGAGCUUGAUGCUCACAGCCUCAGCCGUCGCCGUCGUUCCUACUGCGACCUACACUAGCGAUUCCUCUUCGAAAGAUGUACAGCUCCGUAUUGGUAACGGCGGUGCUGGACAAAGUGGUCUUAUCGAGGCCCUUGCCAAUGCUUUCAUCAACUCCAGCGUGAAGAACGGCUCCAACCCCUUCGCCAUCGAAUGGUACAAGAGUGACACCACCGAGUCGAUAAACUAUCUAAAAGACAAUACCGUCGAUAUCGGCAUCACCUACAGUCCCGCAGCAGAGCAGAUCGCCAUCAAGAAGGGAAUUGCCAAGGACCCAGCCUGGUACACCUGGCGCGAUCACUUCCUCCUAGUGGGCCCCAAGUCGAACCCAGCCAAGAUCUCGCACAACCAAGACAUCAAGAGCCAGUUCUCAGACAUAUACACCGCUGCUGAGAACGGUACCAGCGACCCCCCCUGUACGCUUCCUGACUCGCUACGACAAGUCCGCCACUAA